GCCAAUAAAUCAGGUCACGAGACAGAAAGAGGUGCAACCACCAACAAUGGGUUCAUUUGUGUAAGUUAGAGUGCCGGUGUGUUUCCUCCCUCCUCCCUCCUCCCCCCUCCCUCCUUACCUGUCCGGUCAGUUUACACCCUCACGCGCAGGGACAGAGUCCAACCUGCCGGAUUUUCCUGCUUUCAUUAAACUUCAGAGGAAACAACCAGAACAGGGAGGAGAGAGAAAAUGAACCUGGGAGCAGGGACUGAGGUUUACAGGUGUUAUAUCAGUUUCGGUUGAUGAGUUUAUAGUUUUAUAAUCAAGUUUAAAGAGAUUUUAUAAAAGAAGAAGAAGAAGAAGAAGAAGAAGAUGUUUUCCUUCCUGAGGAAAGUCAGAGACCCCCCACCUGAGAACAUCCACAUCUCCUGUCUGCCACCCAGUAUUCCCACAGACCUGGAGCCGGAACAAACUGGAGGACAAAGUGAUGUACCGGAAGAGAAAGCAGUGAUCCAGACGUCAUACACACACAGAGUCACACCUCCUUCAGUCUUCCUCCAGAAACACAAUGACCCAGUUUCUAGUACUUACUUUGACCAGAGGGUCCCUGUUCCUGAGGACCACAGUGAGAGGGGGAUUAGUCUACGUAAAUUGUGGGCCUUCUCCGGACCGGGGUUCCUGAUGAGCAUAGCCUACCUGGACCCAGGAAACAUCGAGUCUGACCUGCAGUCUGGUGCUAAAGCUGGCUUCAAGCUUCUCUGGGUCCUGCUGGGAGCCACAAUCAUCGGCCUGUUGCUACAGCGGCUGGCGGCUCGGCUGGGCGUCGUCACUGGGAUGCACCUCGCUGAAGUCUGCAACCGCCAAUACCACACUGUUCCUCGGAUCAUCCUGUGGUUGAUGGUGGAGCUGGCGAUCAUCGGCUCGGACAUGCAGGAGGUCAUCGGCUGUGCCAUCGCUUUCAGCCUCCUCUCCUCCGGCAGGAUCCCCUUGUGGGGCGGAGUCCUCAUCACCAUCAUCGACACAUUCGUCUUCCUCUUCCUGGACAAGUACGGUUUGAGGAAGCUGGAAGCCUUCUUUGGUGUCCUCAUCACCAUCAUGGCCGUCACCUUCGGGUAUGAGUACGUGAUGGUGAGUCCGGAUCAAGGCGAGGUCCUGAAGGGGAUGUUCGUGCCGUACUGCAAGGACUGCGGCCCCGUCCAGCUGACUCAGGCUGUGGGCAUCGUCGGCGCCGUCAUCAUGCCUCACAACAUUUACCUCCACUCCGCUCUCGUCAAGUCUCGAGAGGUGGAUCGAACCAACAAGAAGGAAGUCCGAGAGGCAAACAAGUACUUCUUCAUCGAGUCCACCGUCGCGCUCUUCAUCUCUUUCCUCAUCAAUGUGUUUGUGGUGUCGGUUUUUGCUGAGGCGUUCUACGGACGCACAAACCAAGAGGUGUACACAGUCUGCAAUGAAACAGGCAGCCCACAUUCAUCCAUGUUCCCUCAGGACAAUCAAACUCUGGCUGUGGACAUCUACAAAGGGGGAGUAGUGUUAGGCUGUUUCUUUGGCCCGGCAGCACUCUACAUCUGGGCUGUGGGGAUCCUCGCAGCUGGUCAGAGCUCCACCAUGACUGGAACGUACUCGGGACAGUUCGUCAUGGAGGGUUUCCUGAACCUGCGAUGGUCUCGUUUCGCUCGGGUGUUGCUGACCCGGUCCCUCGCCAUCACACCCACUCUGCUGGUCGCCAUCUUCCAGGAUGUGAAGCACCUGACGGGCAUGAAUGACUUCCUCAACGUGCUGCAGAGUCUGCAGUUGCCAUUCGCCCUGAUUCCCAUCCUCACUUUCACCAGUCUGCCGUCUCUCAUGGACGAGUUUGCAAACGGGCUAGUGUUUAAGAUCGGAGGAGGUCUGGUGAUCGUGAUGGUGUGCUGCAUCAACAUGUACUUCGUGGUGGUGUACGUUGCAGCUCUGAACAGUGUGUGGCUCUACAUCCUGGCUGCGUUCCUCUCCAUCGCGUACCUGACGUUCGUGGGAUAUUUGGUGUGGUUGUGUCUGAUAGCUCAGGGUGUUACCUGGUUGGAUCCGAGCAGGAGGAAAGGCACCGACACGUCCGUCCUGAUCUCGCAGGAGCCGGAGUUUGACUCCUGAAUCAAACGUGUGAUCGAGUGGACGCUUUGUUUUGAAGGUGCUGCUGUCAGUCAUCGAAAGCGUGAGCGCAGUUUCUUCUGACCAGAAGGUACAUGACGGACUGUGACACUGGCUCCAGACAUGAACACUAACAUGAUAUGACACUCCAUCAAUCAUAAGCAUUGAAACACUACAGGUGUGGUGCACCGUGUCAUACAGGUACUUAUCGAUAUGUGAAGGAGAAGAGUUUCUACAGACAUUCCUCCACCAGGAUUCCGUCCAGUCAAACACAAUUAUGCACACUCACUAUGAGGACGCUUCAGAAAGUUCAUUUACUUUAUUUAUUUAAUGUUUAAUUGUAUUGGGGCGAAUAUAAGACUGUUCUACAUUCA